AUGCUUUUGUUUAUACCUCCUUGGAUUCGUGUGAAUGCAUCUGACCGAGCUGCGGGAAGCCUUGGCAGUGGUGCCCAUAGCACCCUCGCAGCUUCCACCUCUUCAGCAUCAGCGCCAGCACCAGUAUCAAGUGAUUCAGUCCCCCAUCUCGAUAAUCUGGAAAGCAAGGAUGGCAACAGCCAGCAUGACCUUGCCGCCGUCAAAAGCUUUCUCAACGUGUCCGAUGAUCCUGCACAAGACCUCCGGAUGCGGGAGGAAAAGACAACCAAAGGAACAUGUGAUUGGCUUAUGAAAUUGGAAUCCAUCACGAACUGGAGAGAUGCGUCCCUCGAAACGUCCUCGUCUCUCCAUUGGCUCUCUGGCAACCCUGGAGUAGGCAAAUCCACGCUUGCCGCGCACCUCGUCCGACGCCUUCAAGAGCAAAACGCCGACACAUGCUACUACUUUCUACGGCGUGGUAGGCGAUCGAACCAGGGCGCGAGUGGGCUUUUACGGUCCAUCGCUUACCAGAUGGCAGCACUUCAUCCAGAAGUCUGCCAGGACCUGCUCGAACUCCAGACCUGGGGCACGGUAUUCGAUAGAGACGAUGUCAAAGCAAUCUGGAGAAAGAUCUUCACCAAUUGUAUCCUCCACUUGCAGUUUCCAAGGCCACAGUUUUGGAUCAUUGACGGACUGGAUGAGUGUAUUGGCGUCGAGGAACUGCUUUCCACAUUCGCCAAGCUUGACCCCAACGCUCGGAUCCGCAUCUUGUUUACCUCUCGGCCGCUUCCUAACCUAGAAGACAUCCAAAGCCGUGUGGAUCAUCACCGCUCGUAUCACCACAGGAUUAGCGUUAACAAUACGCAACCAGACAUCCAGCAGUUCGUCGAUAGCAAACUCGAGGGCUUGCGCUUCAAUGGCCAGGAUCGCGAAAUCCUUUCCAAAACUGUGGUUGACGAGGCUGAUGGGGUCUUUUUGCGAGCUCGUUUGAUCCUUGAAGAAGCGACCAUCACUUCUUCUCGAAAAGGUGCGCAUAGAGCCGCCGCCGCCGCCGCCGACGCACCGAUGGGGAUUGAGCGUCUGUAUGAGCGCGUUGUUCGCGCAAUGGCAGCUGAGGGCUCGGAGUAUACCGAGUUGACUCGUAAAAUUCUGGAGUGGGCUACAUGUGGCAUUCGACCACUAACAGUUGACGAAUUCAGAAUUAUCCCUUCACUGCAAGGACUGGACACUGGAGUAAUCAAGCGAGGAGGGCCGUUGAUAGAAAUCGGCGCCAACAACACCGUCCACAUGAUUCACACCACCGCUCGCGAUAUGCUUCUCGACCCAGCCUCUCCUUGCGCCUUUUCCAUUGAUGAAGCACAGGCACACGAGCACCUUGCAUUGGACUGCUUCCGCCACCUCGAACAGGCCGAGCUGAGCGUCCCGUGCUUGAAUUUUGGGGAGAGCUCCAAGAACGACUUCAGCCAUUACGCUUGCACAGCCGUUUUUGAGCAUCUGGCUGCAUCGUCAAGCAACUCAGAGGACCUACUGCUUCGGGUGGACCAGUUUCUUCAAACCAAUGUUCUUCGGUGGCUCACAUACCUCCUCCACAAGAACCGCGACCUCUACCAUGUCAUCCAGGCGUCCAAGAACCUUCGAACAUACCUCGACGCAUGCCGCUCUCUUCGGCUUACGCACCGCCAGCAAUACGAGAAUAUUUCGCUAUGGCAGGUGGAUCUUUUGCAGAUUGUCCUGAAAUACGGGCCCCAAUUGCUCGAACAUCCAUCAGCUGUCUCGUCUGUUCUCCCCGGGCUCUGUCCCACGGACUCGGCCAUUUUUAAGCAGUUCGGCCAGUCCUCCGUUUGCCUGCGCGUUUUGGCGAUGGGUCUUGCGACCGGCACCGUCGAGAUCUACGAUAAUAUCCACUAUCGUGAGUUAGGCUGCCUCGACCACGGCGAAUCCGUCAAGCAUGUGAGGUUCGAUGAAUCGGGAAAGCAUCUAGUCUCGCCCAAAGGGGGCUCUGUCGCCAUCGCUUUCCAGGAUACGCCACUGCAAAUCUGGAACACCGAAUCGGGAAAACUCAUCACUAGCUGCCACAGGAGGCGACUCAGCAGCUUGGAUAUCACGCCAUCCUCCGUGAGAAAGGUUCUGUUCAACCCAGACCCAGAUAUCAACCUCAUCGCAGCUCUUUAUGACGAUAAGGAGCUCGUGCUCUUCUGUGGCCGGGGGAAGAAGAUGAGCAGCACGAAGUCAAGGGACCGCAUCUCUACCAUCGCUAUGAGUAGCGAUGGAAUGAAGUUCUAUAGCGCCGACAGCCAGAGGAUCAAGAUUUGGGAACCGGCCGCUAUCGCCUACGAGGUGGUAGACAGACCCAGCGCGAGGGCUGAUAUCGGCUCCCAGUUUUCCGAGCGCGCACCAAAGCCGGCGGGAUCCACCGAGACGCAGGUGGGCUUUGAGCUCCGGGAUGCAAGCACACAUCCCACGCUCCCGCUUAUCCACCUUUUCGGCAGGUGGGGCUCCGCCCUGUUCGAUUUGAGGGAUAGAGAGCAGUAUCCGCUGCCGUCGAGCGAUGAGCCGGAUGACUGGUAUCGGCUCUGGCUAUGGAUGCCUCGACCCAUAAAAUCGGCGGUUCUACUCGGGGUGAGGAAGCAAGCGAUCGACAUUUACACCACAGAUCAGAUUAUGUCGAGAGGGUUCCCCACGACCUGGGACUUUGGAGGGUUGGGGCUGAUAUAUUCCAACACGUGGAAUCUGUUCGAAAAGAUGAUCAAGGUCGAUGGAUCGCUCUCUCGAUCAGGGAGGAGUCCUCAAAGUGUCACGGGGAUCGAGGCUCUUGGUCUUCCGCCUCCCCAGCUAGCUGGCGAAGAGGACAAGGCAGAGAUCUCGGCGACGGAUCCUCUGGUGGCUCUGGAUAGUUCCGUGAUGCACUCAUUAUUGGGAUUUUAUGGGAACAGCGUCGUCUACUUGGAUCAGCAGAUGUGGGUCUGUUCCAUUGAUCUCGCCGAACUGGAGGCGCAGCCCGAGGCCGCAUCCCUUGAAAAAGUGCACUUCUUUAUUCCGGAGGAGCUUGUUGCGGGCGGUAAUACGAAUAGUGCAGCCUCGCCCCUCGCCCGCCCGCUCACACUUCAGGGCGGGCCCACCACCACCAUCAUCCCGCGCCUCAUCUACGGGACCGCGUGGAAAAAGGCCCAGACGCAAGGACUCGUUCAGGCCGCGCUGACCGCCGGGUUCCGGGACCAAAUACACGCCCGUCGGGGCCAAGACUUGGACAACCUCCCUUACGACCCGGAAGCCGAGCUCGAGGAGCAAGUGAGGCAGUCGGUUGAGUCCAGCCUCGCCAACUUCGCCGUGGGGGCGGCCGGAGGAGGUGGAGGAGGAGGGGAUGACGAGGCGUACCUGGACUGCCUCGUGCUGCACUCGCCCCUACCCACCAUACCCGAGACGCUGCGCGUGUGGCAGGCCAUGGCGACCUACGUGCCCCACAAAGUGCGCCACCUCGGCAUCUCCAACGUGAGCCUCCCCGUCCUGCGCGCCCUCUGCCAGGCCGCCGCCGCCACGCAGUCGCCCCACCCGCCGUUCCCCAAGCCCGCCGUCGUGCAGAACCGCGUGCGCGCCGGCUACUACCAGCCCGACCUGUACGCUUUCUGCCGCGACGAGGGCAUCGUCUUCCAGUCGUUCUGGACUCUCUCCGCCAACCCCAACCUGCUGGCCUCUGCUGCCGUUGCUGCCGUCGCCGAGGGCGCCGGUGUCUCCAGCCCCGUAGCAUUGUAUUCGGUGCUUCUCGGCUUUGAGAGAUUUACUGUGUUGGAUGGGACUACGAGCCAGGAGCAUAUGAAGGAGGAUUUGGAGGGCAUUGAAAAGGUUGGGGUCUGGGCUGCGGGCGAGGGCAAAGCUGUAUUUGAGUCGAGCGUUGUGCAGAUCAAGGAGAUGAUGGGCUAUACAUCCUGA